CCUGCGGAGAGGCAUCACGACCGUGACCGACUGAGCCCAAGUUGACUUGCUGAUCGUCUUCGCCAAUCGCGCAUGCGCUUAUUGAAAACGCGCGUGCGUAUAACGAUGGACGUUGGUGUGAAGAAAACUGCCUCGUUCCCAAAUUCUUCCAAGUCAGGGAAAAGGGCAGAAGAAUGGAAGAAGCAGGGCAAUUCCCACUUUAGAAGGAGGGAACUGUCCGAGGCACUACAGUGCUACGCAGAAGCAGCAUUUGCAUCACCCUGGCCUGGUGGAGAAAGACAGAGAAUCCUAUCUCACCUGCUCAGAUGUGUGGAGCCACCAAAGAGACAUGUUGCCACUAGUCUCUACUCAACCAAACAGAACACUGAUGAGGCACACUAUUCUCUCCUGGCCGUGUGCAUUGGGAACCGUUCAGCAGUGCUAUACGAAAUGAACAAACCUAAAGAAUGUUUGGCAGACAUUGAGUUGGCCCUCUCCCUAGGGUUCCCCACCGUCUCUCAGUACAAACUCUAUAGACGGCGAGGGCUUUGCCUGGCUCAGCUGGGGGAUAGGGCUGGAGCUCUGAGGGGUAAGUUGCACAUGAUGAUGUCCUCCACCUCCUUGCUUUUAGUGUAUUGUCCUGGCUUAACACAGACCAUUGAGAUUCCCUUUUGUAGGCUGAUAUUAUCCUAAGAGUAUAAUAUGUACCUAUCUUCUAGCAUUAGGGGCUUCAGAGGGGUCUGUCUGUACCGGCAGAGCAGAAGGUUAGGAAAAGAAACAAUUUAGUAUUAUAGCUAUAGUGUCCACUCUAUUAUACUGCAUCUGGUAGAUCAACUUGCAGCCGAGCUGAAAACACACCGCAAGAAAGUAGAGAACCUGCUGCAAGAUAAUGAGCAGAGUCACAGUCAGCCAUCUAAAGGAAGGCAUUGUGCUGUAUACGAAGCAGCAAGGUCACAUCAAAGUAUGGGAGAGACUGUAUCUGAGUGUAACCAUUGGCCCUACGUAUCGAGAGCGAUCAAAUGUGACUACUCUCCCAGUAAAGGCCGCUUCAUCAGAGUUAGUUCAUGUCUCAUUACAACUCAAGGGCACGUGUUUUAUGAUCCAAAUCGGUUAUGGAUAACAAGGGAUUCCCCCUCUUUCUCUACUAGGCAACGAUGGAUAUUGUGGCGGGAGAAGUAGUGUUGUCUGAGAGGGCCUCUGCAGCUGUUUUGAACUUCGAUCUCCACUUGACCACCUGCAGUCACUGUUUCGAACAGACCAGCUCACUCAUUCCGUGCUGUUGGUGUGCAGGUGAUGGUUACUGCAGUGGUGAAUGUAGGGAGGAUGCGUGGGUGGAAUAUCACUGGAUUGAAUGCCCAGUCUCAGAUAAUAUGUGGGGCAAGGCUGACUGGAUGACGAGAGUAGCUCUGCGGAUGGUGGUCUCAGCUCCAGCCACUGUUCUGAAAGGGGUUCUCUCAAAAGGACUGGAUAGUACAAUUACAGAUUCUUCGAAACACUUUUCCACCGCGGAGCCGUAUGCAGCUCUGCUCUCCCUAGUCUCACACAAGGACAGAUUUUCAGACAAACAACAGACAGCCAUGUUUUCAAAGAUGGCCGAAACAAUGAUGGAGUGCUUUGGGGACACAAUAAAGGCAUAUCUCAACUCUAAAGGCACUGACCCCCACGACCACAGUACACCAGAGGUCACCAGUGGGGGCCUGAGGAGUCUAUUUCUCCACCAUCUCCUCCAGUUGAGGUGCAACUCCCACAGAGUCACUGCUGUUCUGGAGGCUGGUGAGGUGGCAGGGAGAGGGGAGAGUGUUAAAUCCAGCCACGAGGCCACCUUGGGAUCUGCCGUAUUCCCUACUGCCAGUCUCUUCAAUCAUUCAUGCUGGCCUAACAUAAUCUUCAGGUUUCAAGGGAGUAAAGUGGAGGCUGUGGCCACUAGACCAAUCAGGAAUGGAGAUGAGGCCUGCAACUGCUAUGGUCCUCAGUUGGGCAGAAUGAAGAGAGCAGAGCGAGUGGCUGAGCUGCAAACAAAGUACUUCUUCCAUUGUUCCUGCCCUGCUUGUGCAGGUAGUGAUGCGAGUCUCGACUAUCGAGAGACGGUGAUGGAUGCAUACUGGUGUCCAGUCUGCAGUGGAGCUGUGACAGACGCACAGUGGCAGUGUAGAGACUGCCACACGCAACUGGAGAGCAGUGAUAUUGAGAGAAUGCAAGAGUUACGAGGUGAAACUGAAAGAAUGUUUAGUACAGCCAAUGUUGAUGGACAACUGGAUCUCCCACUGCUCCUCAAGUGUCACUCGCUCCAGUCUCGAGUCCUGCACAGUCACAACAUGCAGUUGGCCAGGACUUGCGAUGCACUGGCUGAAGCCCACGCCAGUACAGGUGAGUUUGGGAAGGCGGCAGAGUUUUGUGCAGCCAGUUGCCGAGCUGUGGAGGCAGUUCAUGGCAGCCAAAGCAUCGAGCUGGCCACUGAACUACACAAACUAGCACAGCUCCUCUUCAACAGUGGACAGUUUGGGAGAGCAGUUGAAGUGGUGGAGAAGGCUCUACCACUGAUGAGAGUGUACCACCACUCCCCUUGCCACCCUGAUAUCACUGAACUACAACAGAUCAAGAACCUCAUUUGUACUUGAAUAGCUAACCAUACACACUAUGGAAGCCUUAAAUAAUACUAAUAACUAUUAU